CUCUCACACUGGGCAUCAGUAGCGGGUAUAGAGCAGUCGGGCCGUAUGGGGAUAAAGCUAGAGAACAUUACAGGUGAACUGGUAGUCUGGUGCUGAAGGUCAAAGUGUACAGUACUGGACUUGUGCCGCUCGAGCCCACGAGUGUUGGUGACCGCCCCGAAGAGGGAAGAGUGUGACUGGUAGAGAGAGACAGAUACUCGAUCUCCUCCUCGUAGUGGGUGGUUGUCCCUCGAGAGAUCGUCGCCAUCCCAAGGAGGACAGCAUCAUCGGUAGUGAAGUGUCGCCUCCAUAUGUUAUACGAGUGACUUUUUUUAAUGCAAGGAAGAUAGAUAAGAGAACUCUCACGAAGUGCCACCUCCUCCCAACCACCAGCAGCGAUGAAGUCGACGAGCACAGACGACCCGAAAAUGGAGACGCGGGUGUUGAUGCCCGCCGAAUUCUCUCUGGUCGUGACGGCCAGGCCACUGCCGCCCUUGGACCGUUUGGUGCCUGCCGAAGAUUGCAUUAAGGUGUGUGCCACUCGUCGCCUCCAGGUGCAGACUCGCUACCUUCCCUUCAGUGGCACCGUCAGAGCAGAUAACCUGCCCCUUCUGCCCUAUCUGCCAGCCAUGGACGUAAGAUCGCGCUACGGAGGCUACGAUUCAGUCGACGAAGACGGACGAAGAACCUGCAACUGGGUGAGGUUCCUGAAAGUCGCCCAGUUUUACAGCCACGAGGUCAACCUCGUAGGACGCCGGGCUGGUCCUCGAGGGGACGUCAUCUUCGAAGUGGUCCGAGAGAUCCUCCCCGGCGGAGAACUCCUGGCGUUCCUCCUGCCGGACAUGAAUGGAGAAAACGCCCUUCUCCUCCCGGCGCUGACGCUCAUUCGAUCCUCCCUGUACCGACAGACGAUCGACUCCAUCAUGGCGGAGGCUCCCCUCGAUCUGUCGUGCUCCCUCCUGAGCCAUCCCGAACCUCGACCCACCAACGCGAGUUUGAUGUCGCGCGACUCCGACGACGCCGCGUCCCCCUCCCUCUCCCCGUCGCCCUCGUCGUCGCCCGCCUCCUCUACGUCAUCGUCAUCGUCAGUAUUUCACGUCGGUAGAUCUCAGUUACAGUUCGGACUACCGCCACGCCUUCCUAUGGGCCUGGCGCCUCAGUCCCCUUCAGAAUUGUCUACUGGAAGCUCCUCGAGUAUCUCCGCUCAGAGCAGCGCCGUUUCGCCUACCUUAGUACCUGCCAAACGCCGAGAGCGCACCAUGCUGCCCUGCAGCGAGUGCGGGAAGGCCUUCGACCGCCCCUCGCUCCUCAAGAGACACAUGAGGACACACACGGGAGAGAAACCGCACGUCUGCGAGGUCUGCGGGAAGGGCUUCUCCACGAGCUCCUCCUUGAACACCCACAGGAGGAUCCACAGUGGGGAGAAGCCCCACCAGUGUGGUGUUUGCGGGAAGAGGUUCACAGCCUCUUCCAAUCUCUACUACCACAAGAUGACCCACGUCAAGGAAAAGCCUCACAAAUGCUCCCUCUGCACCAGGUCAUUCCCCACUCCAGGUGACCUCAGGUCACACAUGUUUGUGCACAACGGACAGUGGCCUCACAAAUGCUCAGUUUGCGGAAAGGGAUUCUCGAAGCUCACGAACCUCCGAAACCAUGCCCUCCUGCAUUCGGCCAAAACCCGAGUGCCGCCUCCAGCGGCGCCCAUGUCCCCGUCGUCAGCUUCGCUGUAGCCCUCUGACAUGAUUCACGCCCCUCCAUGGAGGAGGGGGUGAACCCCUUGUUUUCAGUGGGUGCCGGAAAUAACGAGGCUGGAUGCAUCUUCUUCAUCUCAUUACUAAAUCACGACACAAUGCCAAAUAGUCUAGAUGCUUCUUGGUUCCUCAUCCUUCAUCGUAUGUUGUUAAUGAUGAUGCCUUCCUGACCUGUAUUUCCCCAGAACUGUAUUUUCUUCUUUUUGUUAUCUGGCACGAACAUACCUCCUGCUCUUAGUCUGUGAUCUCCUAUGUAAGUGUGCAAUAUUUAUUUUUGUAUAUAAUGUAAAUAGUUGUUCAUCAGUCCGCUCUUUGUAAAAUAAAUCUCAUGAAUAUG